CAUUCAACAUAUGUUGAAUCUAUUUUUUAACUGUUUUCGUAAUCGCCAUUAUUCAAACCUGGACUCGUAAAAACCUCGAGACAUUUUGAUAAUAUUUCUAUUAUAACUAUUUCGUAUUUUCGCGACAAUUCAUUUCGAUACAUUUUCGAUUAUCGAUAAAUAGUCAAGUGUCCGCCAACUUUAAUGUCAUUCUCACACUAGAUACAAAUUGUGAUGUAAUGGAUCCAGUACUUGUCCAGAAAUGUUUUUAGGAUGAAAAUGUGGCACCUGAUUUGUCGAUGAUAAAAUUAAUUUAUCUAUCAUUUGCGAUAAAAUUAUUUAUAUGAUUAUUGUCCACCACGUGAGUUGGUUAUUAAGAAUUUUUAAUAAUUGGAGGAUAUUCAUAUUGUUUUUAUAUAAAUAAAAAACAAUGACUGCACUGGGUUCAGUUCGUUAUAAAUGGCGGGUUGAUGUUUCAAGUCUGUUACAAAAAUGGGAUUAUUCCGAUUUAUUUUUUAUCGAAGGAAUAAACGAUGUUGCCUUUUCAAUUGGCGCUAUGAUAAAUAACGGUUAUUUGGAUGUCUUGGUACGGAAAAAUAAUUUGAAAUCAGCUAAGGCUGUUAUACAAAUAGGGGUCCCUAGAUUAAUUAAAGAAACAGAAAUUAAUGACUGGAAGGACAAUUGCGGUUUUAAUAAUUAUUUAAACCAAGCUGAGCCCAACGGUCCUAGUGAAAGUCGGAUUGAUUUAUCUCAUGUUUCUAGCUUAUCUUUUGUUUGUAAGAUUACUUGGUAUGGUUUUGUUGAAGGAGUUUCUGGGGGUAACUUUUAUCAAGAAUUACAGCAGUUUCACAAAGCAACUGAAUUCAGUGAUGUCAUACUGUCAGUUGAUGGUGCCGAAUUACCAGCACACAAGAUUAUUUUAUCAUCCCACAGUCCAGUACUGCAUGCGAUGCUAACAGCAGAUAUGAAGGAAAAGAAAGAGAGUCGAAUUAACAUUGAGAAUUUUGAGGUAGAUGUCAUCAAUGAAAUGUUGACGUAUUGUUACACUGGCGAGACAAAAGCUAGCGAAGAUGUUGAUAUUGCAUUGAAAAUGCUUGAGCUAUCAAAUAUGUAUCAAAUAAAUAAGCUCAAAGAUAUUUGCGAGCAGACAUUGUUAAAUAAUAUCAAAGUCGAUAAUGUCUUGGUCAUUCUCGUUGCCGCUGAUGAUUUCAAUGCACAAAAGUUAGUUGACGAAUCAAUUAAAUUCAUGGCAAUUUCAAGGUCAAAUUACUGUCAAUUUCGAGCUAAAGUGGCUAUCGGGGUAGAGCUACCCCCAUGGUUUUAAAUCUAAAGAAAUUUAUACCUGAUUUCUGUUCACUUCAGUAUGUCCUGGGAUUUUCAACCGAGACUCGCUUAUACUAUUUUAAAUACAGUACUAUACUGAGAUAUUUAUUUCUACUCGUAGCACGUGGCUUCAAGACGUGAAAAACAAGUGAAACGGUCGCAUAUUAUUUUUUUAUGCAAAAAUUAAUUAUCUUAUUAAUUUAUCAAUCGUUUGCUGUAAAACUAUUUUUAUGAUUAUUGUCCGCCACGUGAGUUGGUUAUUAAGAAUUUUUUAUAAUUAGAAGAGAUCCAUAUUGUUUUUAUAUCAAUAAAAAAACAAUGACUGCACCAGGUUCAGUUUUAUAUACAUGGGGUAGACUUUAUUUACGUUGGUCAGGAGACUGGGAUUAUUCCAAUUUAUUUUUUAUUGAAGGAGUAAACGAUGUUGCCUUUUCAAUUGGCCUUAAAAGGGAAGGCGAAUAUGUAAAUAUAUGUGUACGAAAAAAUAAUUCGAAAUUAGCUAAGGCUGCCAUACAAAUAAUGAUCUUUGAAGAAGACAAAAAGAUCGAAAUUAAUGACUGGAAAGAAGAUUACAUGUUUAGUAACUGUUGGCCCAUAACUAAGUUUUUUUCUUCAUUAUGUUUUAGCAUUACUUGUAAAAUUACUUGGUAUGGUUUUGUUGAAGGAGUUUCCGAGGGUAACUUAUAUAAAAAAUUACAGCAGUUUCACAGAGCAACUGAUUUCAGUGACGUCAUACUGUCAGUUAAUGGUGCCGAAUUACCCGCACACAAGAUCAUUUUAUCAACCCACAGCCCAGUAUUUUUUGCGAUGCUAACAGCAGAUAUGAAAGAAAAGAAAGAGAGUCGAAUUGAAAUUGAGAAUUUUGAGGUAGAUGUCAUCAAUGAAAUGUUGACGUAUUUUUACACUGGCAAAACAAAAGCUAGCGAAGAUGUUGAUACUGCAUUGAAGAUGCUUGAGCUAUCAGAUAUGUAUCAAAUAAAUGACCUCAAAGAUAUUUGUGUGCAGGGAUUGGUAAAGAAUAUGAAGGUAGAUAAUGUCUUGUUCAUUCUCGUUGCCACUGAUGAUUUCAAUGUACCAAAGUUAGUUGACGAAUCAAUUAAAUUCAUGGUAAAUAACCGUAAAGAAGUUGUUAAACUUCCUGAAUUUGAAGAGUUAUUAAAACAUAAAACGGAAAUUAUGUGCAAGUUUAUUCGUGCCAGUUUUGAAACUUAACUUUGAAUAUUUUUUGUAAAGCAAAUUUAUUUCUUCAAUGAAAUCUUGAGAAUAAUUUUUCAGAAGAAAAUUAUCAUUAUAUUACUAUCAAUAUCGGUAGUUGUUACUCUGUCGAAUUUCAGAGGAGAACUCGUCAAAAUCGUUUUCAAGUUUGGAAUAUAAUAAUUAUCUUACUAAAGACACCACAUGCGGCUGGCCGCGAUCUCGUGGCGAGCACUGAACUACUUCAUUAUUUUUUGUAAAGCAAAUUAAUUUUUUCAAUAAAAACUUCAAACAAAUUGUUGAAAAGAAAAAUAUUUUGAUUAUUUCCAUACGUUUUUAUAUCUUUAAUUUAAUAAAUGUAAAAAUAAGAAAUGUAUCAUUAAUUUUUUGUAAAAAAGACGAAAAUAUUUAAAUAUCUUUGCUAUUUAUCAGUUACUAUAUCUCAAAAUAUUUAAAACUUAUGAAUCAUAAAUUUUAACAGAUGAUUUUUUUUAAAUUUACUGUAAAGA